GCAUCUAAAUUUAAUUUUCACCCAAAAAUUUUCUCAUCUAUUGAAUUUGUCUUGAACGAUCAACAAUGAUUUCAUUUAAGUUGAUUUUUAGUAAAUUUGAUUAACUGUGUAGUUAAUUGUUUUAAGUAACUUACUGUUGGCUUGCGAUAGUCUUAGCUAUUUCCGUGAAAUAGUUAAUAUUUAUUAGCGUUUUUAUAUCGAAUCAAAUUCAAUUUAUCUUCACCUUCCCAUAGGUUCAGAGACAAAAUGAAAAUUUCAAAGAUUCUAGUCAACAAUUAUCUUAAUUUGUUCAAAUCGUUUCUUACUUACACAACAUUUUUCACCACCGGAUGUACGAUGGCCCUUUUAGGGUCUAGUCUACUUGAUUUACAAAUUCUCGCUGAUGUGAAGUUUACCAAAAUCUCUCAACUUGUAACCUUAAAGUCUUGUGGUCAAAUCGUUGGUACACUUAUCGCCAGUGUCUUGAAUGAAAAGUUCGAAGCAUCGUUCAUAUUAUCGAUGUCCAAUCUAAUAACUGGAGUAUUUCUCGGACUUGGGCCCAUUUUGGUGAAGUUUGAAUUUAUGGCGACAUGUUUUUUCAUUGUUGGAACAAGUCUUGGAGUUGCUGACGUUUUGUGUAACCUUUGGUUAACUCAGAUAUGGAAAGAUAAAUGUGCUAACUUUUUACAAAUGCUUCAUAUGUCGGGAGGUAUCGGUGCACUGACAACACCAGUGAUAACAAGAAUCUUUUUGUUACCCAAUGAAGAUCUAAUAGAAAGUGAAAUUGAUAUUGAUUUUGAAUUUAUUAAUAGUAGCUACUCAAGUGAAGAUGUGAUUGUUAAAUAUGCUUUCUUGAGUAUUGCAUCGAUUCCAAUACUCACGUCGAUUCCGUUGAUGAUCAUUUAUAUUUUUAAAGAUCGUAAGACUUUAAGUUCACCAGAUCAAUCGAACCAACAACCAAAAGACCAAAUCGAAGCUCGAAGUCCAAGUAAACUUAAAACCUACGUGGCCGUUUUGAUGGUCGCUGGAAUCAACCAUGCAGUUAUCAGUCUCGAAGGAAUAAUUGGCUCUUUGGUUACUCCGUUUUCGGUUAGAUCUGAUCUUCAUAUGGACAAAAAGCUCAGUGUUUUGGUCGCAACCGUUUUCUGGUCUUGUUUCUCAUUCACUCGACUGAUUUAUAUACCUUUGACUUUCAUCAUUGGAGAAGCUAAACUACAAAUUAUCGCCUUAAUUAUUUCCCUUUGUGGUAUAUUUGUCACUGUUCCUUGGGCUCUUUAUGAUGAAACUUGCAUGUGGAUCGGAUUCACUCUUAUUGGUGUCGGUAUAUCACCGAUAUUUGCUUCAUCUUAUGGUAUGUUGAACAAGUAUGUCAAUGUGACCUCUAGGAUGACCUCAUUCAUAUUAUUCGUUGGUUUGAUCGGUGAAUCUGCUCAUCCAGCCAUAGUUGCGACUCUAAUGUCCAACAAUAUGAUAGUAUUUUUAUAUUAUAUCGGUGCUCUGGGCUUAUGCUUCAUACUCCUAUUCUUUGUAUUCUUAGUUUAUUGUAAAAAUGCUUUGAGAGCUUCGAUUCAUCAAACGGCCACACAAGAUACAUUGGGAACAUUUGUCGAAAGUCAUGAUAGAUUCUAAUCUCAUAAUUGUAUUUUUUCUGUUUGUUUCCAACUAUUUACUUUUGAAAUAAAAUUUUGUACUGUUCGUUUUGAAUAAAACUUCGUAUGAACAAUUGAGAGAAUUGAGUCUCGGAUUUUGAAGGAGAUUUUUCU